CUUCUUUUUUCUUUCUCUGUCUUGCACAUUUGCAGGUUCUCUUUUUCUUGCUUCUCUUUGCCCAUCCAUUUAUGGAGCUGUUUUUCUAAGAAUGUUUACUAAAGGCUGUCUUUGCGCCAAUAAAAGUCAGUGCAUGAUCACUCUUUCAUUAAAUAGAUGUCCCCCUCUCUGAUUUUUUGUUUGUUUUGCUGAUUUGUAAGUGCUGCCUCAGCUCUUCAAAUUCUGUGCUUGCAUUUGCUAGGAAACCCCUUCUCACACUUCAAGUUAGUUUCUAUUUACAGCAAGGGAGCAAUAGCUUCCCUGCUUUAAACUAUACAUUUUUCUUUCCUAAAAAAGGAGGGUUGCCGUUCCAAGGAAAGAUAAUCAAGUGACUUGACGAGAGGUAAUUUUGAUGUAGGAUCCAACAAAGAAAUGUCCUUGAGUCUCAUUUCACUGUGUGUGAGAAGGUUAGAUGGUAGGUAGAGGUUUGUAGGAGUGGUGUAUGUGAAAUGUUUUGUUAAAAAAUGCUUCAUUUGUCCAAAUGCUAUACUGUUUCCUAGUACAGCGGAAUUCCUUUACAGGUAGUAUCCCAUUUAGUAUGCCCGCUGGAUGCAGAAUACAGAGUUCCCUUUUUGUCAGUUGUGAAGCAGGGUCCUUCCAGAAAGGACUUUCUGAUUGCUAAGUGGAGUGGAUAUAAAACUGGAUUAGUUUAGAACACAUAAGCUCUUUGUUAUUCCUAUUUAUUCACUUAGUACCCCAACCAUGGUAACUGUUUUAAGAAAGAAUGCUAGCUUAUUGAGCAUGCGGUUUAGGGCUGCUUUGUCUUCCCUCCCUCCUAUGUUUAGACAUCUUUCUCAGCGUCCACUGCAAUAAGUGCAAAGAGCUUUCAGAGCAGAGCUCUGCUCACUGAGGCUAUUAUAAAAUAAGAUUUAGAAAAACAAUUUAACUUCACAUAUUAUAAGGAAACCAUUGAAGCCAUUUUCUUAAAUUCAAUUUUAAUGACCCUUGCACUCAGGUCAAAAUGGACCCAAGCUCUCCAACAAUUGCUUUAGGUUCUGUAUAUGGAAUAUCUUACAAUUCCCUUACAAUAAAUAUAAUUAUUAUGGCCCUCAUCCAAAUUCCUCUAAUGGCAAAGAUGGUUGAAAAGUCAAAUGUAGAUCCAAACAGAACAAGAUACACCAAACUUUAUCUUGUUUUAUUACAGAUUCUUAGUUCCGUCCUCCUUCUAGUAGUUUAUGUUUAUCAAAGAAGAGAAAGGAGUAUAUAUCGAAUUAUUUAUUUUGCUCUGGCAUAUCUUGGAGUAACUGCAUUGAAUACUUUUCUACUCUUAGUGAUAAAUGCCAUUUGCAAUUCCUUCAUUGAAGAAACCAAGCAGGCUCAGAAAUUGUCAGAGGUUUGUAGUUUGAUUACUGAAUCCUCCCAACUUGUAUUUAAGCUAAGGAGUAUCAAGACUGCAUUUAAUCCACUACUUUUUAUCAUGCUACCCUUAAAUGUUGUUAUGUCUCUUGUUCUUUCAUACACUUGCUAUACUCAUCUUGUGGAUGAACAAUAUUUGGAGUUUAUCAUUAAAUUUUGUAUGCUGGCUGGGAUAGCUUUAAAUGUGUUUUAUUAUACCUAUUUCUGUAAUAUUACUCAUCAGGCACUAUCCAACAACAAUGACAAGCUGAGAAAAGUAGCACUCAACAGUUGUGGGGAAGAUAAAAAUGAUUUACUAAUAGUUUUAGCCAUGAUAGAGGCAGAGGGACCGUUUACAGCUUAUGACUACUUCGAAGUAAACAAUUCAUCCUUUAUGUCAAUCAUCAGUCAGACCAUUGGAUAUCUAAUUAUCAUGAUAACUUUGAAGUAAAUCAGGGUUGCCAACCUUAGUUUUUUCUUAUCUUUUUGGUGUAUUUUUAGCCCUGAGCAGGGUAAGAUUUUUUCACAUGGUCACAACCUAGUGUUUUAAAAGACCACAAGAUUUAGGUGUUUUUCUUCUUAUUUUUAGAUUUUAGACAAGAAAAUUAUGAAUCACAUGAUUUUCACAGAACAAACAUGUUUAUUAAUUCUGGAUUUAUGAAAUGAAUAAAAGUAUUAUUAGAGUUGUCUGUUUUUUUAUUGACAAGUUGGUAUCUUUAUAUUCCAG